CUUCCCAGAGGAAAGGAGCCAUUCCUGCUCAGCUCUACUCUGGUGUAGGAUGCCAUUCCUGGGCUGCAGUCCUGGAAAGCAGAGUGAGGUCGGCAUGUCCUCAGCUGAGCGCUGGUGGAGGAGCACUGAGGUUUAGUGUUGGGGAGAUCAGCCAGGUGCUGACGCCCCAUGUGUGCUGUGGGCUUGGGGUCUCUUCUCACAACAUCCCCGUGCAUUCCCAAGAUGCAGGCAGAGUCACUCCUUCACAGUGGCUACUUCCACCCUGUGCUGCGUUCGUGGCAGUGCACAGCCACCACCUUCAAUGCCUCUAACCUUAUCUACCCCAUCUUUGUCACUGACAGCCCUGAUGCAGUGGAGCCGAUUGCCAGCCUCCCUGGACAGGCCAGGUAUGGAGUCAACAAGCUGGAGGGGAUGCUGCAGCCCCUUGUUGAGGAUGGUCUGAAGUGUGUCCUCAUCUUCGGGGUGCCCAGCAAGGUCCCCAAGGAUGAGAGAGGCUCUGCUGCAGAUGCAGAAGACACACCUGCCAUCCAGGCCAUCAGGAAGAUCUGCUCCACAUUCCCACAGCUGCUCAUUGCCUGUGAUGUCUGCUUGUGUCCUUACACCUCCCAUGGGCACUGUGGCAUCCUGCGGGAAGAUGGCACCAUCCAGAAUGAGGCUAGUUGCCAGCGGCUAGCAGAAGUGGCACUGGCUUAUGCCCAAGCAGGCUGCCACAUCAUUGCCCCUUCGGAUAUGAUGGAUGGACGCAUUGCAGCCAUAAAGAAGGCUCUGAUCUCCAACGACAUGGGCAACAAGGUGUCAGUGAUGAGCUACAGUGCCAAGUUUGCUUCAUGCUUCUAUGGACCCUUCAGGGAUGCUGCACAAUCCAAACCUGCCUUUGGAGAUCGGCGCUGCUACCAGCUGCCCCCAGGUGCCCGCGGUCUGGCACUGCGAGCUGUGGACCGGGACGUGCGUGAGGGCGCAGACAUGCUGAUGGUGAAGCCUGGGAUGCCCUACCUGGACCUUGUGCGGGAUGUGAAGGAGCGGCACCCCACGCACCCUCUGGCCGUGUACCACGUCUCGGGAGAGUUCGCCAUGCUGUGGCACGGGGCACAGGCGGGCGCCUUCAGCCUGAAGGCCGCCGUCAUGGAGGCCAUGGCCGCCUUCCGGCGUGCAGGGGCCGACACCAUCAUCACGUACUUUGCGCCGCAGCUGCUGCGCUGGCUGAGGGAGGAGGCGGCGGUGGGGCGGGCCUGAGCCGGUGGACAGGCCGGAAGUGCCGGGGACGCAACCGGAAGCGCUGGGGCGGAGCCGGAAAUGUUAUGAGCGAAACCGGAAGCUGUAUGGGCGGAGCGGGGCUCCUCGGCCCGGCCCCGCAGUCCCGGUCUGGGGCACGGCUUGGGCAGCGGCGCGGCUGGGGCUGAGCGGGGCCGUUCCGCUCCGUCCCCAAAUCCCCCCGCCUCAGCGCAGGCCCCAGAUCGGGGCUGAUAUGGCCGUGCGGUGCGUCGUGCCGUCGCCCCCGUGUGUGCUGUAGGUUCCCUUUAAUCCUAACUUUGACUGAA